CAAAAACAAUGUGAAUAAAAUUUCGCAUAACACAUGUUCCAGAAUUUUGCUGUAAAUCUCGCUGUUACAAAAUCAACUUUAACAAUAUUCUCCCUCGGGUAAAAACACAGCGAAGGUAUGUAAUCAAGUGCAGCGUGAACCAUACCUAUGAAUUUAAAUGUGACGAGGUGAAAUUUUUUUAAAGACUCCGAAGAUAAAAUUAGAGUGUCGGUGAUUUUCAUAAUGUGGAUGUUAUUUAAAAUGGGAAAUUAUAGCAGUGAUCUGUUUUGCCUGAGAAGAUGUCGCUGAUUUCCUAAUGUAAAGAAUAAAUCCAAAACCAGCAGCAGAAAAUUAUUUAAGGAAGAGCAACAAAACACACUAAAAGAUCGUAGCGAAUCUACAGGUGAGAUGUCGAUAAUAGCUAGUGGAAGUGAAGACUUCGGGAAUGUGUUCGACGACCUCUGCCUUUCCAGGAAGGUGUCGAAGAGAGCUGAAGGGACACAGACCCCUCCUCCGCAGCUGGAGGUUUCGGUUCCUGGAGAAGUUCCAGAUGAAUGCGUGUCUUCCUUGAUAGAAAUGUUAACACCACGUUUGAGGCAACAUUACUCAUCUAAAACUCCCUCGCGUAUCUGGAAUGACGACGGAAGCGAAUUGAGUUCACUACUUGCUGAAGAAGAGGAAAUAUCUGUCGACAGAACUAGGUCCAAGACAAAGAAGUUGCUGAUCAAAGAACACAGCUCGAUCGAGAUGAAGGAGGUCUUCGAGGAGCUGUGCCUCUCGAGGAAGAAGAGGAGCUACACGAUGGUCGAUGAGACCAAUACCAAUGACUACUCUUCGGCCAUGCCGAGGGUGCAGGAGCAGGAUGGGGAAGUACCUGAUGAAAAUGUCUCCUCAAUGAUAGAGAUGCUCAGACCCAGCAUUCGACAACUGCACAAAAGAAACGGUGUUUCGGCGAACGUAGAAAAACCCGAAAAAGUCGUAGAAUCAAAAGAAAACGUAUUGCGUGCAUAUCAGAGCGAGCCCACCGUUGUUGCCCCACUGUCUAAUCCAAAUUUUUCAACGACAAUGUCGGAUGUCUCUCUGGAUUCAAUAUUUACUACUCCAUCAAACUUGACAGACACGAUAGAUGAAGGCAUGAUCAAAACACUGCUCUCGUCACAACCUCCAUUGGACCUGCCCAUGGAUAAAGGAUUUGUGGAGACUGGAUCCAACACCGAAUCUACCAACAGAAAUUUCAAAAGAAAGAACAAGAAAAAGAGGAAAAGAUCGAAGGUGAAACUUAUCAAAGACAGCGGUACAGAUACAAUUUACCAAACAGAAGAUUCUACAAAUCAAACUGAAGAUAUUAUUUCUAAAGACACGGAAGAACUAAUCAAUGAAAUCCAAUGCAAGACAAAAACAGUAGAGAUUAAAGAACAAGUUAACGUAACGAUAGAAUUAGAAAAAAAAACGUCAAAAGAAGUACAAGAAGACAAUGGCAUUACUGUACUCAGGAACAGAACGGACUGGACCGACACGCCAUUUCUAACUCAAGAGUCGAGUGAGACCGUAGAGGAGUCUGCGGCUUCCGUCAUGGACUCGGAGCCGACCAGAGGUUGUCCGAGCGCCCUCCAAUAUAAAAUUCAAUUUAAAUGUGCUGACAAAAGUAGUUCUAAUACUAAGACAGAGAUAAAACGAUUUAAGGCAAUUUUGCAUCCGGGGAAAAUGCCUGUGGAGAAGAAGGAAUGCGAAAACAAGCGGCCAAAAGAUUUCGUACGCAACAAGUUUUUCAACAAGCCAAUCACUAACCCCUGUACAGUAGGCUCACCGUACGCCAUCGGACGUCUAAAUGAUAAGAUCCAAGACAGAAUGUUCCCAAGUCACAGCAGCCUGAGUUCGCGACCAGCUUCCACUGGAACUUCACUUACUUCGAUAAGAUCGUACAGUUGUUCGAGUUGUUACGGAGAGGAGAAGUUAGGAGAUUGUUGCUGUAACGCUUUGAUAGCAGAUACCCACACUGCACCGGGUGAGCCAAAAGUAUUUUGGGCUAUUACCAAAAUAAACGUCUACCCGGACGAUACCCGAACAUACGAGGUUAUGCCACUGACGGGGAAGAAACCAGCAGAGCUUCCAGAGAAGUCUGAUAGUGUAUUUGUGCUCAUUCCUCCUAAACCAGGCCAAUUUGUCCCGUCCAAUUUUGAAUAAAGUUUAUAUAUAUAAAACAAAUGUGU